AUGCAGAAGGUGAUGAAGAUGGUCAAAGACGAGGAUGGGCCCCUCAACGCUGCUGCGAAAAGCAUCCCUUCUUUUCCCCACUGCCUACAGCCCGAGGCUUCCCGGGGGAAGGCUCCCCAAAGACACCCCUUCCCGGAAGCCCUCCGGGGCCCCUUUUCACAGUUUCGGUAUGAACCUUCUCCAGGAGACCUUGAUGGAUUCCCUGAGGUCUUCGAGGGAGGAGGGUCCCGGAAACGGAAGAGCAUGCCCACCAAGGUGCCUUACAAUCACUCUGCAGAAGAAGCCACCAUCGCUCAGGAGAGCAAGAGCUUGGGUCCUCCGAACCUCGCUCUGCUUUUUCCGCAGCCACAGCGUCCCAAGUGUGACUCCCAGAUGAUCGACCUGUGCAAUGUGGGCUUGCAGUUCUAUCGCACCCUGGAGCACCUGGGGGGCAAACCAGUCAAGCAGGAGCCGGUGAAACCCAGCGCCAUGUGGCCCCAGCCCACUCCUCCUGCCUUCCUGCCUGCGCCUUACCCCUACUACCCCAAAGUCCACCCUGGACUCAUGUUUCCCUUCUUCAUGCCCUCGUCCUCACCCUUCCCCUUCAGCAGGCACACCUUUCUGCCUAAGCAGCCCCCCGAGCCAGUGUUACCCCGCAAAGUGGAGCCCCUGGAGAGCGAGGAGACUAAACAGAAGGUGGAGAGGGUGGAUGUGAACGUCCAGAUUGAUGACAGCUACUACGUGGAUGUGGGUGGGGCUCAGAAGCGCUGGCAGUGCCCCACCUGUGACAAGUCUUACACUUCCAAGUAUAACCUGGUGACCCACAUCCUUGGCCACAGCGGGAUCAAGCCGCACGCGUGCUCCCGUUGUGGGAAGCUCUUCAAGCAGCUCAGCCAUCUGCACACCCACAUGCUGACACACCAGGGCACUCGGCCCCACAAAUGCCAGGUGUGCCACAAGGCCUUCACCCAGACCAGCCACCUGAAGCGUCACAUGAUGCAGCACAGCGAGGUGAAGCCGCACAACUGUCGCGUUUGCAGUCGGGGCUUUGCCUACCCCAGCGAGCUCAAGGCCCACGAGGCCAAACACGCCAGCGGGCGCGAGAACAUUUGCGUGGAGUGCGGCCUCGACUUCCCCACCCUGGCUCAGCUGAAAAGGCACCUCACUACGCAUCGGGGCCCCAUCCAGUACAACUGCUCGGAGUGCGACAAGACCUUCCAGUACCCAAGCCAGCUGCAGAAUCACAUGAUGAAGCAUAAGGACAUCCGUCCCUACAUCUGCUCCGAGUGCGGCAUGGAGUUCGUGCAACCCCAUCACCUCAAGCAACACUCACUCACCCACAAGGGCGUGAAAGAGCACAAGUGUGGGAUCUGUGGGCGUGAGUUCACCCUGCUGGCCAACAUGAAGAGACACGUGCUGAUCCACACCAACAUCCGUGCCUACCAGUGUCACCUGUGCUACAAGAGCUUCGUGCAGAAGCAGACCCUCAAGGCGCACAUGAUCGUCCACUCUGAUGUGAAGCCUUUCAAAUGCAAGCUGUGCGGGAAGGAAUUCAACAGGAUGCACAACCUGAUGGGCCACCUGCACCUGCACUCGGACAGCAAGCCCUUCAAGUGUCUCUACUGUCCCAGUAAGUUCACGCUGAAGGGGAACCUGACCCGCCAUAUGAAGGUCAAGCAUGGCGUGAUGGAGCGAGGCCUUCACUCUCAAGGUCUGGGUAGGGGACGACUCGUCCUGGCACAGUCCACCGGUGCGCUGAGGAAUCUGGAGCAGGAGGAGCCGUUUGACCUCUCCCAAAAGCGCAGUGCAAAGGGGCCAAUGUUCCAGUCCGACAUGGACAGCACGCAGGGCUGCCUCUACCCAGAGGAGGAGGAGGAAGAGGAGGAGGAGGCGGAUGAAGAGGACAAGUGCUAUGACGUGGAGCCCUAUAGCCCCAGCCUGGCCUCGGAGAGCCAGCAGCUCUGUGCGCCUGAGGAUCUGUCCACCAAGCAGGAGCAGGCCCCGCAGGGCGCUGGAGAAGGAUGCCAGGAUCAGGACACUCCAGAAGAGCCGCAGGAGGACAGUAGCGAGGACCAUGAGAGUAGAGACAUAGACUGUGAAGUCAGAGACGAGCGACUGAGCAGCAGGCUGUUGCAAAGCGGCGGGCAGGGCCCCUCGUUUUCUGAUUACUUAUACUUCAAGCACAGAGAUGAGGGUUUAAAAGAAUUCCUGGAGAGGAAAAUGGAAAAGCAAGCAGUCCUUUUGGGUAUCUAAGUAAAACGGCUUUAAAGUUACACUUGGAAAAGGAGAUCGAGGCAGUUCAACUAUAGCUUUUCGUGCAAACUGUCAUUUGCUGCAAAGGGGAGAGAGGCGCCAAUCUUUACAAAUGGCUCAGACUGAAUGCGUGGGUAACACGCACACGUCUCAGGUCCUUCCUUGGGCACUAGGCCCUUUGGUGUUAUUUUACACAUCACCCGCAUGAUGAACUGUACCUCCUCCUAGAUACCUAACUGCAAGCUGGACCUCGAGGUGCUUUUAGACACUGUUUUCUCCUAACAUGCAGUGGCGCAAACAUCUUUCUAGUUGCAAGACUGCGGUGCUCGAGUUAUCUUACUUAGUAACUAGUUAGCCGCAUUUAUGAAGGCUACAGUAUCAUAGAUGAAAAUAUUAGUAGUUGUAUAUAUAAAAAUAUAGCCUCUAUGAAAUAACAGAAACACAGGAAAUGAUGCAAGAGACCAACUGUUGGGAAGGUUCGAGUGGUUCCUGCAGAUGUGAGGUUGGGUUUCAGGAGAAGGAAAAUCGUUUUUUCUAAGACUGAACCAGAUGAUGCUUAAAUAUCUGGUUGAGUCCUCCCCUACUUCAGCUUUUCUGGUCAGUGGGACAUUUGAGACACCCCUGGAGACAUCUGGAUAAGCUUGGGGGUCCCAGCUCUUCAGAUCAAACCCCUCACAAGAAGAGCUCCUUCCCCUUGCUCUGAGGCCCCAUGCCCCAUGAAGCAACUGAAGGGAGAGUUGCCUUUCAGAGUGAGCAGUGGAGCUUGGGCUAUGGGAUGGGGUUCAGGACUGCUCCCUAAAACAAACUUUUAUCUGGGUAGAGGAAUGAUCGCCCGCCCCUCGCUAUAAGCAAGACCUGAGGUAUCCUCUGAGAGCUGGCUACAUGUGGGAAUCAUUCAGUAGAUCCUUCAGAAGGCACUGAUGUAGCUGGGCACGGUAGCUCCCAACUGUAAUCCCAGCACUUGGGAGGCUGAGGGGGAUUACGAGGUCAAA